GAUCCUCCUUUACUCGGGCAUCUAAGACUAUCUUUGAUGCUAAUUGGUGCACCUGACAGUACCCAUCGUGAUGGUAUUAAAAUACUGGCAAUUGAUGGAGGAGGAAUGAGAGGCUUAGUUGCGAUCGAUAUUUUGAAAAAGAUUGAAGCUGAAUGUGGCAAGCCUGCUUAUCAAUUGUUUGACUACAUCUGUGGAACUAGCACGGGUGCUGUAAUAUCUUUUUUGCUUGGCUUGGUUCAUCAGAGCGCGUCGAGUUGUGAAAAUGACUAUAAAAACUUAAGCAAGGCUAUCUUUAAAAGAAAUUUAGUCUUUGGGACUAGCAUGCUGUUUUUAAAUCAAUCCUAUUAUGAUACCGAUAUUCUAGAAAAGGCUAUGAAAGAAAAAAUGGGCUUCAAGCACCAGCUGAUCCAAACAAUAUCUAUUCCAAAUACGCCAAAAGUUGCUGCAAUUGCCACACAUGUUAGUGGGCCUCGACCGGUUCCAUUCGUUUUCCGAAAUUAUUGCCAUAAACAAACUGCAAUACCAUAUUAUCCUGGUACUUAUAAUGUUCGUCCGUGGGAAGCUGUGCGCGCCUCGGCGGCUGCUCCUGGCUAUUUUCAAGAAUAUAAAAUUGGCAAUAACGUAUUCUUGGAUGGUGGCCUAGUAUCAAAUAACCCUGCUGCAGUUGCACUACAUGAGUGCAAGUUAUUAUGGCCAGAUACUCCCAUUAAAUGUUUGGUCUCACUUGGUACCGGCUAUUAUUGUCCCUCUUCCGAUCAAGAAGUCAAAUUUGAUGGUUCGCUAAGUAAUAAGUUUAAAAUAAUUAUCGACUCAGCUACGGAUACUCUAAAAAUUCAUAACGUUUUAAAAGAUAUACUCCCAGCUGGAGCCUAUUACCGUUUUAAUCCACCACUGUCGAGGCAGGUUGCUAUAAAUGAGAGUCGAGAAGAUUUUUUAAAGCAAAUGCAAGAGGAUACUCAAUCUUACAUAAAGAGAAAAGCGAAUGAAAUUGGCCGGGUUAACACUUUAUUA